CUCCUCUUCAGUCUUCGGUCUACUUCUCGGUCGUGCGGGUUGGCCGCAAAAUAUUCACGAUUUGCGGAUCUCUACCUUAUCUUAGGCGUUGCCGAGGAUUGCCGGAACCGGGUCCGGGAAGCAUACUUGGUUUUGCCUCGUUGUCGCAACGUGGACAGCACUCCUUGCUUCCAGCCUCCCCGUCUUGUUUCCCAACAUCGAGACAAUUUCACACCAUAGCCGGAAACACAUAGCAGCUUCGAUAUGCCUCAUAAUUGCUCAAAAUGCGGUGCGACGUGUGCAGGUAUACCGUUGGUUAGACCUGCUCCAGAUCCUGAAAUAAAAGCACUUCUCUCCACCAAUUUACCACCGUCUGAGGCGCAAAAGGCGUUCUUCAGAGAAACACGGCGGACUAGUGAGUCGCGCUUGGCCGACCUUGAGGCACGUAUCGCCGAUGCGCAGGCAAAGUUGGAUGGGCUAUUGCAGGAGCGGGAUAGUCUGGUUUGGAACAUGCAGCGCUGUACUGACGUCUUGAACCCCGUUCGUCGUUUGCCUGUUGACGUCUUACGUGAAAUAUUUGCACACACCAUGAGGGUGGCCAAGGAUUCAUAUUCCGUCAAUUCAGGGAUGCUCUCGUCGAGUCCGCUCGUUGGUGUUCCGUAUCAAUGGAAGCUUGGCAUGGUUUGCUUAAACUGGAGGCACGUAUUGUUGAAGUACCCUCGAAUGUGGUCCAUGAUCGACGUGACUUUUCCGCCGCCCCCAUUCGGUUCCUGGAACCAUAAGCCGCAGAAUAAUCGUCCAUAUCUGGUGGCAGCAGGGCUACUUGCCAUGCACAUCUACCGUUCCGCCAACCAUCCUCUCCAACAUCGUAUCGAUGGGAACACUUGAACUUGGACAAGGAUAGUCUCCGGACUGUAGACUCGCCUUUGGAUGCCCUGAUUAGCUUCCAAUACAGCUCGAGCGAAUACGGGUCUACCACAAUGCGCGAGGAAGUCCCGCUGCUGCGUAAU